AUGCCCUACGUCAUCUCGUACAACACUUCUGUAAACGAGCCGCUGAUUCGAUCUAACUCAUCGGCUGUCCAACCUACCGUCUCAAGUGAUCCCAGAUAUGCUCGGUUUUUGACAAAUCAGGGGAUCGCGCAGGCCAGAGUAGGUUAUAAUGCGGAAGAGCUUCUCAUGACACCCUUACUGUUUGUGACCGACCAUUGUCCUGUUAAAGAACGGCUCCUGGGAGCCCCGCCAUCUUUACAAUUUAAAGGGGAUAAAGCUCAAAUAUAUCGCAUCCGUGCAGAUGGAUUGAGCAACAUACUUUAUGGCUGUUUUACUUUGGUAUUAAGGCCUGAAGCAAGUUUAUUCUUAAAUGCUUUAGUAUUGUCAAUGAAUUAUUUUGUAUCUUAUGACUUAAAUAUCUUAAAAUAUGUGUGUAUGCAUUACUUGCCUCUAUUCAAGGGGGAAAAUGCCAUUGGCGUUUUCUUAUGCAAUUCGAUUGAAUCAAUCAAAGACAAAAAUUCUCAUUUAAAUAGAAGUCCCAUCCCUGCUCAAGUAUUCACCACAAAAAAGCUCAACAUUUCUUUAAGUGACAUUUCUGAUGCUGUUUCAGUGCAUAAUGCAUUAGACAAAGCGUCUAUAAAAGGAGAAGAAGGCCCAUUUAGUUUAGUUCGAAGAUGCAUCCAUAAAAAUUCUGGUCAACAAUUUGCUGUUAAAAUUGUUGAUGUUGCUAAGUUUACUUCUUACCCUGGUCUUAGUACAGAAGAUUUAAAACGAGAAGCCACAAUAUGCCACAUGUUGAAACAUCCACAUAUAGUUGAAUUGUUAGAAACUUAUAGUUCAGAAGGGAUGCUGUAUAUGGUUUUUGAAUUUAUGGAAGGUUCAGAUUUAUGUUUUGAAAUUGUAAAACGAGCUGUUGCCGGUUUUGUAUAUAGUGAAGCUGUUGCAAGCCAUUAUCUUAGACAAAUUUUAGAAGCUGUUUGUUACUGCCAUAGUAAUGACAUUAUACAUCGUGAUAUUAAACCACAGAGUGUCCUUAUUGCCACAAAAGAAAAUUCUGCUCCAGUUAAACUGGGUGGUUUUGGAGUAGCGGUACAGCUCUCCGGAAAUCAAUUAGUCAACCCAGGUAGAGUUGGAACACCUCAUUUCAUGGCACCAGAAGUUGUACAGAGGCAAUCAUAUGGCAAACCAGCUGACAUCUGGAGCUGUGGUGUUUUAUUAUAUACAUUGCUCAGUGGAACACUACCUUUCAUGGGGACCAAAGAACGACUAUUCCAGAACAUUUGCAGAGGACGACUCAAUCUUGCGGGAAAGCAUUGGGAUACCGUCAGUGAUUUUGCUAAAGAUAUGAUUAGAAGAAUGCUUACUGUAGACCCUUUAUUUAGGAUAACUGUAGAAGAAGCAUUACAACAUUGGUGGAUAAAGGGAAGAGAAAGAUGUGCUCCAAAAAGACACCUUUCCCAAACAGUAGAAGAACUUAAAAGGUUUAAUGCCAGAAGAAAACUAAAGGGUGCUGUUAUAGCAGCUGUAUCUAGCCCAAAGUGGAACAAUUAUUAUUAUGAUCCAAUCAAUGAUGGAAGUUCAGAGUAUGGUAUUGAAGAUGAAAUAACUGCUGCAGGUGCAAUAUCAGUGGUUUUAGAUAGCUUAGAUACGAUACAGUGUUUAUCAGAUAGUACCAUUAAAGACAGAGAAUUUCUUUUGUCCAUUUUAGAAGAUAAAAAAUUACAUACUUUACUUGAUCUGUAUGAUAGGAUAGGUACAAGAUCCUACAGUCCUGUUCGGUGCCCUAUUCCAGAUGCCUUACCUGCAGCUAGGGAGGUGUUAGAGUUCCUACAUUUAAGCUCCAGCCACUUGUCUGUAGAAACUGCUGAACUUAGAGCUAUUCUUUGUGAUCCUUACUUUAGAAGUUUGUUGCAAGCUCAUGAUGUUCUUGCCCAAGAAGUAUAUGGUGAAGAUGCUAUUCGUGUAACCCCUCCUCCUGUUGCUCCAUAUGCGAAUGGUGGCCAAGGUAUGGAAACAGAAAUUGGACCUGAAGCUGAUUCAGUUACUAGAGUUCGUUUAGUUCAGUUUCAAAAGAAUACAGAUGAACCUAUGGGUAUCACUUUGAAAUUAGACGAUAAAGGAAGGUGUAUAGUUGCUCGAAUUAUGCAUGGUGGAAUGAUUCAUCGGCAAGCUACACUGCAUGUUGGUGAUGAGAUUCGUGAAAUUAAUAAUGUCAGUGUUGCUAAUCAGACAGUCGAUUCUUUGCAGAAAAUGCUUAGAGAUGCUAGAGGAAAUGUCACUUUUAAAAUUGUUCCAAGUUACAGGACAGGACCUCCAACAUGUGAAAUAUUUGUCCGUGCACAGUUUGACUAUGAUCCUAAAGAUGACGAUCUCAUUCCAUGCGCCCAAGCUGGUAUAAAAUUCAAAACUGGUGAUAUAUUGCAAGUUAUAAGUAAAGAUGAUCACAAUUGGUGGCAAGCGAGACGGGAAAAUUCUGAAACAACUGCUGGCCUUAUCCCUUCUCCUGAACUACAGGAAUGGAGAGUUGCUAGCAUGGCAGUAGAGCGAUCUAGGAAUGACCAAGUGAACUGUUCUUUCUUUGGACGAAAAAAGAAACACUACAAAGAUAAAUAUUUAGCAAAACAUAAUGCUGUUUUUGAUCAGCUUGAUCUCGUCACUUAUGAAGAAGUUGUAAGACUUCCUGGAUAUAAGAGGAAGACGUUGGUGUUACUAGGUGCUCAUGGAGUAGGAAGGCGACAUAUCAAAAAUACCCUUAUUAGUAAUCAUCCUGAAAAAUAUGCUUAUCCUAUCCCACAUACUACUAGAUUGCCAAGGCCCGGUGAAGAAAAUGGACGUAAUUAUUACUUUGUAUCUCAAGAAGAAAUGAUGUCAGACAUUACUGCAAAUGAAUAUUUAGAGUAUGGGACUCAUGAAGAUGCCAUGUAUGGAACAAAGUUGGAAACAAUUAGGAGAAUACAUAAAGAAGGGAAAAUGGCCAUCUUGGAUGUAGAGCCUCAGGCUUUAAAAAUUCUCCGAACCGCUGAAUAUGCACCUUUUGUUGUGUUCAUUGCUGCUCCAACUCUUACAAAUAUAAGAGAUGUUGAUGGCAGUUUAGAACGUUUAGCAAAAGAAAGUGACCUUUUACAGCAAGCCUAUGGACAUUAUUUCGACAUGACUAUCAUCAAUAAUGAUAUUGAAGAAACUAUUCACACUUUAGAGAAAGCAAUAGAAAACAUUAGUACAGUUCUACAAUGGGUUCCAGUUAGUUGGGUUUACUAAAAUGGCUUGAACUUUUAUCUAACAUAAAUUACAAUGACAUCUCGGUGUUUACAGUUUGCUUUUGUGAACAAAAGGUACCUGAAAGUGUUUCCAUUACAUUGCAAAGUAUGAAGAAUAGGAACUGAAUGAAUCAAUCCAAAGACUGAAUGUUAUUACAUGUAAAAGGUUCCUUUUGCUACAACCUUUUAAUGAUCCUAUACAUUGUGUUACCUUCAUUACUUUUAAAGAUAUGGAAUGGGUGUAAAGUUUCUAACUAUUAACAUUACUCGUGUCUCUGUAGAACUUUGUGCAAUAUAGUAGAACUGUGUUACAUUAGAUCACUUCUUUGUGGUUGUAGUUAUUGUUUCUAGUUAUUUUUUUAAAUAGUUAAUACGUUUCUUACCCUGCAGCAUGCUUACUUUCAGAACAUUGAAAUGAUUUUACUUUUUUUUUUAUUCUGAUGGCUUAUAAACAAAAGUAUUUUAAAUGUAAAGAUGACUGUUUAUACUAUGGGAGCUUGUACAUAUGUAAGAAUUUUAAUCUGAUACUAUUAAAAAUCUGCGAUAAAGGAACCUUUUACAUUUCAGAUACCACCAAUCAUUUGGGAGAUAACGUAUUUUACUCCCUUGCCUUUUCAUUCCUUGUGACAUCUGGAUUGAAUAGGUGUUACACCUGUUCUCUACCCUGAUGAACUCUGCUGAAGCGAAAACAUGGUGCUCAAAACAAAUGUCAAGUCUCAUAAAUUGCAUUUACUGUAAUUAAGAAAUGUUUUAAGUUGAGUGAUACUGUGCUAAACACAAAAAGAACAAGUUGUUAUUUAUUGAAAAAUACUAUCUGUAAUAUUUGAGAAAACAUUUUUUAUCAGUGAAAUGCGUUUCUAAAUCAUUUGCAUACAAUUCAUUACUCUGUUUUAUCACCCAAGUUUCUGAUUUUGCCCCUUUUUCCCCUCCUUGAUUAUCCAAUGAUACGGAAAAGACUUUUUUACAAUACAUAUAUUUCUCCCUUUUCUGUAUCUUUCUUCAAUCGAAAAUCAAAAGAUAGGGGUUUUUUACCCAUUUAACUACCUGCUAAAACCGAAGUUUUUUCAACGAGUUGUUAUUAAUACUAUGUUGUGUAUGAAUUUCAUAUCCUAAACUAUAUUUCUCCUACUUAAGAGGAAGGAGGGGGCUCAAAAUAAUUUUUGAAUCUCAGAUGUUCAUAUUUUUUAUUUUUCAUACUUUCUGUCUUGUAUUUUAAAAAAAUGUAAACAGUGUUGAAGUUGUAUAGCACUCUGAUCAUAAACUUGUGUACAUAUGUAAUUAUAAUUUGUAAGUUCUCAGUAAUGAUUCUCUUUUAGUGUGUGGAAUGAGCAUUGUCAACUGGAAAUAUUUUUGCAUUGUUCAUUUGUGAUUUUUCCAUGUAUCUGCUUUAAGUUGAGCCACAUCAAUUAUGUGAUAGUCUUAUUAUAUUUCUUUAUUACCAAAAAGAACUUUUGAAGUUCAAAUCAAUUUAAUAUUAAUUUUGAACCAGAAAUUUCCUCUGUCACAGAAAUUUUAUUCUAGCAAUUUGAAUAUACCGUUUCUUAAAAUUUAUUUUGCAAAAGAAAAAAAAAGUUUUCCCAUUUGUACUAUUAUAUAAAUUUAAUUUAUAUAGGAGUUCAAUGAACGUUUGUUUAGAAAGUCUUUUUUACUAAAAAUGCUCUUUUUCAGAGUUUUCUUAGCAAUUCAUGUACUAUUUUGUUUCCAGCUUAAAUUAGAACCCUUUGUGGUGGUAAAAAUUGAUUCUAUUUCUGAAUUCUUGAAGUCUAAUCUUGUUCAAUAAAAAGCAUUGCAUGUUGUAAGUUGGAUCAUCAUCCAGAAAUUUAGCAAUAAAUUAUUUUCCUAUUACUUUUUUUUUUAACUUUUCUAUUUGUGAUAGCAUUUGUGUUGAAUUUCAUAAUCAUAUUUGUUACUGAUAUUGUAAACUUUAUAAGAGCAAUAAGUUUGACUCUUCAUGAUAGUACACUUUCUUCUAUGGUUAUACAGCAAAACCCCUCCUAACGGACAACCCUCUUAUGCGGACAAUUUUUAAUUCCCCGAUUACAAGGCCAAUAACAUUAUUAAACCCCUGUCCAGUGGACACCCCUCUGUUGCGAACAAAAAAAUUUGUCCUGUUAGUGUCUGCAUUAGAGGGGUUUUACUGUAGUUCUGAAAUGGUUUUUACAAAUAUGUGUCUUUUUUUUUUUUUUCAAAAUUAUUUUCUACUUCUUCUCAAAUUUACGUACAGAGUAAGUUUAGCUAACCUCUGGCAUUUCAUAGGUUUUUUAUUAUCUUUUAACUAUUAUACCUCUAAACUUUCUCUUAACAACAUAUUUGCAAGCUAAAUUGCCAAUGUUUACUUUGCAAUCUUUAGUACAUAGAAAAUCAAGCUAUGUAAAAUAAGACAUUUUUUCAUAGCUCCUAUUCUAUGCACACAAAUGGCACUUUACGGCUCCUGAAUAGCUGCUUGUAGUGAAAAAUACAAAUGUUUCUUUAAGGAAAAUUCUUAAUCAAUCCAGAUCUGUUAUAUACAUUGAUGUGUCAUUACCUGGUGCUAUAAAGACACAACUCUUGAAUUAAUGUUAAAAAUAUUUUAACUCAAUAUUCAUUUUGCUAUAAUUUAAGCCAAACCUUUUCUAAAAAUUAGAUCAAGAAUUAUUUACUAGAAAAGUUCAGUACGACUUUUCAUUUGUUAAAGGAAAUUUCAGUUUUAACUAAUAUUGUAAAUCAAGUGGUUGCAUUUAUAGGAUAUUCUUUAACUCAAUUGGUAUUUUUUCUUCGUUAACCUGGUAAACCAAGAUACUUGUCUUUUUUUUUUUUUUUUUUUUUUUUUUUUUUUUUUUUUGAAUAAUCACUUGCACAAAAAAUAUUACAGAUGUAUUUCUUCAUUGUAAGUCUACAUGUAAUAAAUUUAUAUAGGCUUCUGUUUGCUUCAUUUCUUAGAAUAACAGCUUGUUCUAACUAAGGUGUGAAGCAUUUUUAGACUGUUACACUUGAAAGUGCUACUAAAUAGUCCAAUAUUUAGAUGAGCAGUUUAUGGAGAAACGAAAUUUCAUGGAAAGUAGAAUAUAUUUAGAACUAAUGCCAUUUUGUGUAUUGAUGCUCAAUUUUAUGUUGUUGACUACUAAAAUGAAUGUUUAUUUAAUAUAACAUAUCUCAGGUUUAAAACAUUGACUGUGAAAAUUUUAUUCAGUGUAUUCCAUGGAUAUUCUAUUUCAAUGAUUCCCAAAGACAUCAUUAGAUAUUUGUUCCCUAAUGUUUUACACAUUAUCAGUGAGAUCAUUUUGUAUUAAGUGUAACUAAGAGGAAAAGAUGUGUGUAAAACUUGUUGCAUGAUUACUUUUAUUUAUUUAUUUCAAAGAGCUUUAGUACUUUCUUAAAUUGUUUCCAAAUUUCAAUGAAUAAAAGUACCAUUAUUUUUGUAUUUUUGUGAGCAGUUUUGUGUUACUUUUAUCGUACUUGUCUUGAACUCUUUUGAGCAGAAAUUAUCGUAGACCCACUCUGAGGAGUUACUGUCAUGACAACUAUGCAAAAAAAAAACCCUGUUUAUAGCCUAUAAACAUUUUUGUAGCCUUAUAUUGUGCAUUUUAUGCAGCUGUAUUUGUGUGCCCAUGUGUAAACAAUUUUCAGCAAUGGUGUUUGCUUUUAAAACUUCAUAAUUGUUUUGCAAAAGACUAUGCGAGUUAAGCUUGUAAUUAGCUUUGCUAUUUAUAUAAGCAGAUUUUGGGAAUCAUUAUUCAACUGGAUAUUCAUUGAAUAGAAGCUGCAAAGAAGUUAGGUGAACAUUUUUGUUGUAUGGCAUAGAUGGUAUGCAUGGUUCAUUUCAUAACUUAUGAAAUAUGUAUCUCGCUCUUGAAAUUAAUCAUGAGGUACAUUAUUUUGCAAAAAUAUGUUCUCUUUUAAGUGAUGCUUGUUAUUGAAGUGUAUACAAUAAAAUUUUAAUAUUCAUUUAAGUCUUUGUGUAAACUAUGUACUGUGCAUUGUAUUUCCUAUACCUUGGAUUUGCAGUAUAUAUAUACUAAAAUUCAUUUUGAGAAGUAAUAUUUGAAUGCAAUCAUACCUCUACCUUCUUUCCUGAGUUACUUUUAGUUAUAGAUUUCUACUACAAGAAACAAGCGGAAAAGAGCUAAAUUUUAACUAAAGCCAUAAAAAUAUCAAGUAGCCUUCAAAGAAUUAAGAGAAGUUUAUUAUUUUCGACUUUUGUACAUCUGUGAAUAAAGAAAUAUCUUAAAAUUUUCUAAUUUAUUUUGAAUUAUUUUUAUUACUGAAUACAUUAACUUCAUUUUCAUUCCAACAUUCUUGUUUUGUUAGUAAUGACCAUGCAAAAAUGUUUUCACUGAAUUCUGUUUACA